AUGAAGCUCCUAGUAGCCGCCGUGCUACUGGAGCUGGCCGCAUGCCAAGUCUACUACACAUAUCCACGAGUACAGCAGAGAACCAAUUACUACCCGGUGCGAACAAAUUGCCGAACGCCUUGCCAGCAGCAGGCACGCUACAGAUGGAAUCAAAGGCCACAGCCGGUACCUCAAGAGCACCGUUUAGCACUAGUGAUCGAUCCCACUCUGCCCACCCCACCGCCAGAGGCUGCACCCCCACUACCUGGCCGUCACUCGGCCGCCCCGGUCUACAUGUUUCCGGAACGGAAAAACGGCGUGAAAAAGCCACUCCCGAGUGCUGUGCAAGGUGCCCUCCCGUCUGAAUUCACGAACCCUUGUGGUGCCGGAAAGGCUCUUACCAACCAGUUCAACGUGCCACUAUCUUGCAACCAUUUGAAUCAGCCGAAUGGUGGAUGUCCUGAGGACUUCUGGUGCCACGUCGGAGCUACUUUCGCCACCACUGCUUGCUGCCCGAUCACAACACGGGAAGACCGUUGCCUCCUCGAGCGUUCCGUCGGCGCUGGAGACGACCUAAUCGCCAGAUGGUACUACGAUCCUGCUCUCAAGGAGUGCAAGCGGUUCCUGUAUAAGGGAAUGCGCGGCAACGCAAACAACUUUGUCACGAAGACGCAAUGUUUGGACGUGUGCGGAUCGAAGGGCGUCCCAGAGCCGGUGAACCCAUGCAAAUUUGGAGUCCCGGCCGUCGAUGCGUCUGGAACUCGUCUGGAGUGCGGACCGAAGAACACGACGUGCCCAAGGGCUCAUUUCUGCCAUAUCGGAGACUCGCCGUUGAAUACGGCUUGUUGCGAGGGAUCGGGACUCUCGGACCCAUGCCUGCUCUCAAUAAACAUUGGCCAAGGGACCGGAGGCGUCAAGCGAUACUACUACAACACGUUGACGAAGAAAUGCACCGAGUUUUAUUUCAAGGGGAUGAAGGGGAAUGAGAACAACUUCUUGAACCAGGCCGACUGCGAGAAGCAGUGUCAACGACUCCCCUCCCCAUGCCCACUCCCGAUGAACCCAACCUUCCGCAAAGAGUGCACCCCCAACGGAAAUGAGUGCUCCCAGGGCGAUUGGUGCCACGUUGGCCAUACUAAGGAAUCUUCCGUGUGCUGCGCUGGAGCCGUCCAAGACCCCUGCGGGCAACCCCUGGCUUAUGGCGAGGGCUCUAACAAUUUGACACGUUGGUAUGCCGAUCCGAUGGACACCUCUUGCGAUCGGAAAUGUCUGCCUUUUAUCUACAACGGCCAGAAAGGAAAUCAGAAUAACUUUGUGAGCAAGGAAGCGUGUGAGAAGAAGUGUAAACCCGAAUGCCGAAACCCGUGCGGUUCUGGGGACAUGUUGAUGUUGGCGGGUCGUCCUCGGCAAUGUUCCCCAACAGCUCCAUGCCCACACACGCAUUGGUGUCAUGUUGGAGCCAAGGCUGAGACGACCGUUUGCUGCUCAGCUGUCCAAAACACCUGCGAACUUCCUCUUUCCCUCGGUACCGGAAACGGUCACCUCUCCCGCUUCUACUUCGACCCCACCCAGAAGAAAUGCGUGGCGUUCAUUUACAAGGGCGAGGGCGGAAAUCAGAAUAUGUUCUUGACGAAGGAGGAUUGCCAACUGAUCUGUCCUACUUACGAGAAUCCGUGCGGGAAUGGAAAGCCGUUGUUGAUUGGAACGAUGCCAAAGCUUUGUAACCCACUGGACCGUUGCCCAUCCACUCACUUCUGCCAUAUUGGAGCGCCAGCCACGCCGAAUUACUGUUGCGCAAAGAAUGGGGAUCCCUGCGAGCAAGACAUGACUUCCGGAAAUGGCACCUACUCCCUGAAACGCUUCUUCUACGAUAAACAAACCAGGAGAUGCCGUGAAUUCCUCUACAAGGGCAACCAGGGAAACGCCAACAACUUCUUGAGCCUCGAGGAUUGUGAGCUGGUUUGUCCAGUUCUUCCGAAUCCCUGCAAAGAGGGUGAACCGCUUCUGACUGAAGACAGGGAGCCGGUGAUCUGCGGCGGAGAGGAUACGUGUACAACCGGAUACUUCUGUCAUGUUGGAAGCGCGCCGGAAACGACGAAUUGUUGUCCUGGGACCCGAAAACCCUGCGACCUGCAAAUGGAAGUCGGAGAAGGACCUGAGAAGCUCGAUAGGUGGUUCUACGAUGGCUCCGUCCAAAUGUGCCGCCAGUUCAUCUACAAGGGAACCAAGGGAAAUUCGAACAACUUCCUGAGCCGAACGGCUUGCCGACAGGCUUGUAAAGAAGUGAAUCCCUGCAGUGUCGGUGAGCCCCUUGUCGACAAGAAUGGGGAUCGCUUGUCCUGCUUGCCGACGUUGGCUAAUGAUACCUGCCCUACCAACUUCUACUGUCAUGUCGGCGGCAACGCGUUGAGUACGGUGUGCUGCCCACGAGCGCACGUUGUGGUCUGCGAGCAACCCCGCCAAGAAGGCGUCGGCCGACAACAAAUUCCGCGAUGGUACUAUGACGCCAAAACGAACCGGUGUUCGCCCUUCUCGUACACCGGACUGCAGGGAAACCAGAAUAACUUUGUUAGUGAGCGCGCUUGCAGGGCAGCCUGUCCAGAAUACCGUAACUUCUGCCCCCAUGGAUUGCCACUGGUUGAGCGGGGUGCUGUGUUCUCGUGUGGAAUUGAUAAGGGAUGCCCGGCCGGGUAUAUCUGCCAUAUGAGCAGCGAGCACAACGUGUCGAUUUGCUGUGAGGACCCGAUGGACUUCUGCCUAUCCCCCCGAGACCCAGGCCCGUGCAACGGUGAGCAAAAACGCUACGGCUACCACCCAGAGUCCGACACGUGCGUCGAGUACAAGUACGGAGGCUGCGACGGAACCCUCAACAACUUCAAAUCCCUCCAACGGUGCACCGAAAUCUGCUGUAAAGAGUAUAAGCGGAAGCAUCGCGAUCAGCCGAUUUAC